AUGCUUAUUAUUUGUAGCGUUUUUUAUUGGGCUAUAAUGGAUAUUUUAACAAUAGAGACUUAAGUUGUUGAUAAACAAAAUAUUAUAUCUGAAAAACCUAUUGUUUAGACUAUUGUUGUGAAUAAUAACGUUAAAGCUUAAAUAGUUCCUAUUUAAAAUACUAAAUAUGAAAUGCUUACUGGUAUAUUAAAAAGAGAAGAUUUAUAAACUUUUCUUAAUCAAAAUUCUAAUUGGUUUGAUUCUUUCAAAGAAAAAAUCAAUAUAUUCGCCUAAUCUGUUAGAACAAUUACCGAUGUUUAUAGAAAAGAAUUACUUUCUGUAAGAAAAGAAGCUAUGAUGGAAAAAGCUAGUUUAAUGUAAACUGUAAUUCCUUAAAAAUAUAGAAAUGGAAAGAAUUAAUAAAAAAUAUAAUGA